UCGGAAGCUGUGAAUCGGAUGCCAACUUCAGCGUCGUUUGUGUUCUUCCAUCCAGGAACGACCAGAGGUAGCAGCUUCUCCGUGGAGUACGGCCAAACGGAGAAAAGACAAACGGCGAAGAAAUUUGGAUCUUCAAACUAGAUGAUCACUGAAUCCGUCCUGGUUCAACUUAAAGGAUUGACGACAGUUUAAAGACAAUUGUUUGCAAACAAACCGAACCUGUUCGAGCUUUUGAGGCGCACGAAGACAGAAAAGGAUAAACCUCAAGAUCUAGGCAUGUCUCGCAGAAGAAGCCGCAGCCCAUCACCAGGGCGAUAUUCACGCACCUGCAGCAGUAACGAUCCAAGGGAUUUGGAGAGAAGGAUUUUUGUUGGGAAUUUGCCAACUUCUGACAUGACAAACAAGGAUUUGGAAGAUCUUUUCUCUCCAUACGGGAAGAUAGUCGGCGUGUCCUUGUUUCGAGGUUAUGGAUUUGUUCAAUUUGAGCGCCUUGAGGAGGCUGAAGCUGCGAGAGCAGCUCAAAAGGGCCGAAUAUAUAAAGGGUACAAACUAGAUGUAAAUAUGGCCGUGGAGCGACGACAAGCUAAACCUCUAUCCCAGCAGAGCCCUCCUCGAAGGCCCAUAUAUGGCAAGGAGGGCCGGCCUCGCUCACGUUCACCUAUUUAUGGCCGUGACGCAAGAGAACCUCGGGAGAGCCGUGAGGGAAGAGACUCUGCUAGGGAACCCCGGCCAGGUAGCCACUCUCGUGACCCUGAUUUCCGGUACCGCUCGGGGAGCAGAGACAAGGACGCCAGGGGCGACCCUCGGGACCCUGCUUUCAGCAGAGAAGAUUAUGACCGAUACUACCGCAGCGGCAGUGGGGUAGAGGACUAUUACAGGAGAAAGGAUGAACCCUACAGGGACCCAUACUUGGAUCCCUGGAAUGGACGUCGUGAGUCUGGAGAAGAUCGCGCUCGGCCAGAAGAGCGCCGUCGGAAUGAACUGUAUCGACAAUACUACGAAGAACUCCAGCGGCGCUAUGACAUGGAUCGCCCUGUUGACUGCUCUGUGAUCGUUGUAAACAAGGCGCAGAAGGAGUAUGCAGAGACAGUUGGGCGAAAAGUCCGCGAUUUGGGAAUGGUUGUGGAUCUGAUCUUCCUGAACACGGAAGUGUCUCUCACCCAGGCUCUGGAGGAUGUAGGCAGAGCCAGAACUCCCUUCGCCAUCAUCAUCACUCAGCAGCAUCAGGUGCAUCGAUCUUGCACUGUCAACAUCCUGUUUGGUACACCUCAAGAACAUCGAAACAUGCCAAUGCAAGAUGCAAUGUUGCUGGUCGCCCACAACUAUGACACCUACAAAGUGGAGAACCGAGAAAAAGAACGGGAGGAAAUCGCGAGAAAGGCUGCCAAGAUGGCGGAUGAUGUGUUACUCCGGGAGCCUGAUAGAGAGAGCCAUCCCAUUUCAGUACUCACCAGCAUCACGCUGCUAGCGGAGAACAGGUUUUUAACCCCAGAGGAACUGGACAGCCUCAUUGCAUACAUGAAGGAUAAAAGAACUCGUCUUGUAAGAACCUCUGAAGAUCCUCUGGCAGCUCCUGCAGUGCAGCAUCGUGAUGUGGUGCCAUCGGCUGCGGGACUCACUCCAUCUACACUCAGCACCGCCCAGCCAAGUCACCUGUCGACCAGUUCCAGCGCCUCGACAAACCCGAGUCACCAGCAGGAGCUGCAGGCUAAAAUCCUCAGUCUGUUUAAUAGCGGCUCCAGCCCCAUAUCAGGAUCCACUGCCGUUUCCCAGAGCGCCCCUCAGUCACACUCCUACAGCUCACUCGGUCCCUCCCCCUCCCAAAAUCCAUCCCGUCUGCCAAUGCCAGGGAUGGCUUCAGGUGGAUCCCAGGGUUACGGCAUGUCACUGUCCCGCUUACCCCCUGCGUCUACCACUCAGAGACCCCCCGCUACCACUUCAGGUAUCAAUUUUGACAACCCAAGUGUCCAAAAAGCUCUGGACACACUCAUUCAGAGUGGGCCAUCUCUGAACAACCUGGUGGGCCCUGGGUCUGCUCCACCGAUGCCCCAGAGGUCAUCUUCCAGUAUGGGGCAGGGUCCCCCCCCAAUGUCCAUGUAUCCUCGCCAUUAUUGAGACAAAUGAGCAGUUAGAAGCAUUUACUGCAACUUUUUCUGUGAUAGGUUUGUUGUUAGAUGACCCUGCAGAUGUUUUGUAAACGUUUUAAUUUUCCUCAUUUUUGUGCAGUUGAAAUUUGGAAGGGUUGUUUAAAUUACAUAAUGGUUAGUCUUUUCAGUUUGCCUGAAAUCUUUUACAGAAUCUUUUAAUGUGUGUAAUGAACAACAGAGCUAUGGAGUAUGUUUUUCUUUGUGAUAGUGAUGGUUCUUUUCAGCCCUGAGUUUGUUUUAUAGUUUUCCAUUGUGCUGGUCAAUCUGUAGUUUUGUUUUUAUUGUCAAAACAACACGAUUAAAAACUGCAGACACACAUUCUGUAGUAAAAUGA